CAGAGAAAGAGAGCAAGACUUCAAUGAACUUGGCUACUGCACACUAAUCUCCGUGCUUCUCUGGCUUCCUCUCUCUCGACCGUUCUCUAGUUUUUUUACAGCCCAAAAAGUAUUUAAAUUAACCUCACUAAGUCGAAUAGGCUACAUCAGUAAGGCGUACUCUUCAUGGUUUUUAAUGACGGACAGCUGAAAACAUGUUGCACGAGAAGGCGCUCGGUGCUUUGGGACCUUUCCGGUUUCUGCAUAACAGCUGUGCGGCGGUGGCGCGCUCUAAAAUGAAAAACACUUUGUGAAACGGCAAUAACAGACUUUAAAGGGGGAAAAAACGCGAGAAAAAGCUGCGUGCUUGGAGUUUCAGUAGGACUUCAGGGCUCAUCAGAUGCGUGUUGGAAAGGAACGGGACGCAGUAGUGGGCUGCGCACUGACUUCAGCUGGACUUUAUCCUCAGAGCCCAUUUGGACACACAGCACCUAGCACAGAACGACGCGACUUCUGUUCCAUGUCUUAUGUGAGACACUUUCUUGCGGAUAUUUUUUCUCUUUUUUUGUCGCUGUGGAUGUUUCUCAGGAUCCAAAAAGUUUUCGAAGUGAAUAGAUACGCUGAGUGGGAGAUUUCUUGGGUUCUUGCUGCGCGUUUCUAUUCUAAAAAGAAGUUUGGACGAUGACAGACUCACAGUUACAGUCUCUGUUUACAUCAAUCAGAUCCGAUGAAUUGACAUUACAUACAGAUCAGUUAAGUGAUUAAUGAAGGAUCAACGACGUUAAAUGAAAAUAAAUACAAAUUUUUGAUAAUAAUAAUAAUAAUAAUGGCCAACUCGAACCGGAGCCGUGGAAGUGCGUGCCGUUUAGUGGCAGUUUGAUCGCGCCGUCUUCUGCGCCUCGUCUCUCCAUCUCGUACUGAUCAUGGUGCCGGUGUUCGCUUUGCUCAUUGCGCAGCUUUUCUUCGGAGGCUGCUCGGGUCUUCUGCCGGAGAUCGGGCGCCGGAAGAACAGCUCUUACCUCUCCCAGGGCGCGCUGGACGCUUUCGAACUUCGUCUGCUUACUAUGUUCGGUCUGAAGCAAAGGCCGAGUCCGAGCAAGUCAGCAGUGGUGCCACAGUACAUGCUGGAUCUGUUCACCACGUAUUCAGCCAACAACGCCGAGCAAAAGCAACACAAAGCGAAGAGCACAGUGGGCAGGAGCGCAGACAGAUCCGCUAGUCGGGCGAACACAGUACGCAGCUUCCAGCAUGAUGAAUCUACAGAGGAGCUGUCACAUCACAGUGGAAAGACGACUCAAAGGUUCCUCUUUAAUCUGAGCUCCAUCCCAGGAGAGGAGUUUGUCACAUCAGCAGAGCUGAGGAUUUACAGGGAGCAGGUGAUGACGAACAGUAGCAGCAACAGCAGUGCAGGGUACCAUCGCAUUAACAUCCAUGAGAUCAUCAAGCCUGCACUUUCUUUUAAAGAGCCCAUUACAAGACUUCUAGACACUAGACUGGUUCAGCACAGCCUGAGCAAGUGGGAGAGCUUUGAUGUGAGUCCUGCUGUCUUGCGGUGGACCACAGAGGGUCAAAAUAACCACGGCUUUGUGGUGGAGGUGGUUCACCCCGGCACUGCAGAUGGAGACUACAAGAGACAUGUCAGAGUCAGCAGGUCGUUGCAUGACAGCACAGACUCGUGGCCUCAGAUGAGGCCGCUGCUGGUGACAUUCAGCCACGAUGGCAAAGGACACGUGCUCCACUCUCGGGAGAAACGACAAGCUCGAGGCAACAAGCCAAAGAAGAAACACAAAGCCAACUGCAGGAGGCACUCGCUUUAUGUGGACUUCAGCGAUGUGGGCUGGAAUGACUGGAUAGUGGCACCACCAGGCUACCAUGCCUUUUACUGCCAAGGAGAGUGUCCUUUCCCUCUGGCAGACCACCUAAACUCCACUAACCACGCUAUUGUACAGACACUGGUCAACUCAGUGAAUAGUAACAUUCCCAAGGCAUGCUGUGUGCCCACAGACCUGAGCCCCAUUUCCCUUCUCUAUUUAGAUGAGUAUGAACGAGUGAUCCUGAAAAACUACCAGGACAUGGUGGUGGAAGGCUGUGGGUGCCGCUAAAGCACACGGACACUACAACACACUUUUGCAAAGACACUUUAUCUCCCAGUACUACCCUUUAUUUAUGCUAAGUAAAGUUUUUUUAAGGAUAAAAACACAUAUUUUGGAAAAAAAAUAUAUAGAAAUCUAUAUUUAUGUCCACUAAUGGGAAAAUAAAUAUUUUAAUUGGAGUUCAACUAAUGUAUUUUAUGAUGUACAUUUCAAUUAGUUUAAAUUCAAUUUACACACAUGAAGUAUAUUGGUCAGAUUUUGUAUUUAUUUCUAUUGUAACCACUUUUAGUGAAUAGGUUAUAUCUAUUUAUGUGUAAUCAGGAAGACAAAAAAAAUAGAUUUGUAAAACGUUCGAACACCUUAUAUGGGUUUAUGUGUCUCCGUUAUGUGUCUCCACAAGACUUGGGCUACUCUGUGCAGAGCUGCUAAAGCCCGAAAGUGUUAAAGAUGUGUUGCAGUUUCAGUUCCAUCCAAACUAUAGUGUAAAAUGGAGUACUGAAUAUAUUCAAUAGAAUGACACCAUAUAAAGCAUUGGGCCUUUUGUUAAGUACUAAGCAGUGGUGAAUGUGAAUGCACUUAUCUAGAAGCAAUGUGACAGGUAGUUGACACUGAAUCCUCAGGAACUUUGCUGAUAUGCAUGAGAUUCACACUAUGAGUCUAUGAAAUCUACCUACAAUAUAGCCUUAAACACAAUUGCUAUCUAUGUUCUUUUUGUCCUGAUGCUUUGGUUCCUUAAAGGUUUCUUCUUUGCCCUUCUAAUACCUUGUCAAGUCUCCUUAACUGAAUAUGUGAUGUUCACAAGAAUGCAUAAUAAUUAUUCUAAUGCCUCGAAUCUGUCAAGAACUGUUAUACAAAGAAAGAUGCUGUUGAAGUCAGCUUCUUUGUCUUUUACCAGAAAGAGUACACAAUGCAACCCCAUGCUGCUAGAUAUUAUAUAUGUUAUAUAUAUUAGCAAAUAUUCUACUACAACAAAUAACCCUCUGUUUUGUUUUUCUCAUGUUAAAUUAAAUUGGCCAAAAUUCCCAGUGUUCACUUACUUGAACUCAAAUGUCAAACAUGUAUGAGGAAAAAAAAUAAAUAAACAACUCUUAUCUAGGUGUCUUUAACAGGAUUUAUUGGCAUUCAACACCAGUGAGGGUUGAUAAAACUAUUCUGGAACACUUUUCUUAUUUUUAAACUGCAUUUAGCUAUGAUCUCCACCCAUUUCUCAUUAACAGGGCAAUGCAAAUGGAUGACCUGGGGUAUGGAAUGACUCUUGCCCUCCACACUGAAUAAAAUAACCAAUGUAAAAGGUAACAGAACAAAAGCUUUAUAAGCUUACAGCUAGGUUAAAAGUCAGAGGGAUUUACAGCUCCACUUCUUUGAUGAUCGUAAAACGAGGUCUGUGGGAAGUCCUCUUUCUAUGUCUUUUACAGCUUUUUUUUUUUUAAAUGGAAAAUGCUCCACUCGGUUGAUAAAAUGUCUUGACAUAUCAGUGUUUAAAAAAAUUGUCCAAAGUUCAUUAAAGGGUCAGCAACUGUAUGGUUUCAGAUAGUUCCACUAUAUCUAGAACACUCUUUUUACAGUGUGAGGAACCGGUAAACCCUACCUGUCAAGGUGUGUGCUGAAGUCUCCAUACUGUAUACGGUGUGUCUGCUCGUCCUCACUUACACAGCAAUAAACUAUCAAUGUUUCAAA